CAGAAGGAUAAGUAGGAGGGGAUGGAGACAGAAGGGGUAUUUGGUAUUAGUGGAGUUAUUGCAAACAAGGCAACCAAUGAGAGUCUUGCUGUGUACAUAUUUAGUGAAGAAUGGUGACUUUUUGAGUAACUAGACAGUGAAAACUAGUAAUUGAGUUGUAUAUGUACUAACUACUGAAAUUUCACAUGAGUGGAAUGCCAAAGGUUACAGUGGCUAAGGCAACGCAAAAGACAUGAAUGAUAAGCCACUAAAGCUUCAAGUUCAUUAAGAUUAAGUCAGACAGUUUACUCAAAAUCAUGUCUUUAAAUCUCCCUGUUAAGAGGAUUCAAGUCAUAAAGAUUUCAAGUCACAUUAUUUAUUUAACAUGUUUUAGUAGAAACUAUCGGAGUUUUCAAGGUACUUACGUGAUUCUAGUGGGAGAGAUAAGCAUUUUAUACUAUAAGUGAAGGAAAAACACGUGAGAUUCCAACUAGCCCUUGUGGCAAAGUGUUUAUUAAUAGGAGGUACGGUCACAUAACACAGGAAACAGGAAGCCAGGCAAGUCCAAGCGAAUUGUUACCACCAGCGCCCAGUGUUCUUAAUAACCAAUGUACUUCUCAGGGAGACUGAUUUGGGUGAAGAUAGUGGUGAUGUGCGUGACGAUGGUGCUGAUGGUGAGUCUGGGUCAGCAUCAAUUCUCAAGAACAGUGAGAGUGAAGAAGACUGUUAAGGAUAAUAAGCCACACAUCCCAAACCAGCCCAACCAAAUCCGAAUAGGUGCGCCGCCAGACGUUCCCCGACACUUCCUGAUCGAAGAGCCUGACGCGUGCACAAGGCAGGGCGACAGCUUGGAGGUGGUGGUGUUCGUGCACUCCGCCAUCAAGAGGGUGGAGCAGCGCAGCCUCACACGCCUCACCUGGGCCAACUCCAGCGUCAUCAAUAUGUCGGUGGUGUUCAUGGUGGGCCGCGCCAAGAGCACCGAGGAAAGCAACAUUGUAAACCACGAGAGUGAGCUUUACCAUGACAUUGUGCAGGGUGAUUACGGGGACCAGUAUCGCCUCCUAACAUACAAGGCACUCUCUGCCCUCUACUGGGUCAACAAACACUGUGCCCAUGUGCCGUGGACGCUCCAUGCGGACGACGACCUGCUCGUCGACACCCACGUCCUGAAGAGCUUCAUCGAGGAGUUCGACAACAGCAAGGACAGGAACAACCUGCACUGCAGACUGUUGAAGGCGCAGCGUGUGUAUAGGAAGGGCCGCUGGAGAGUGAUGCGAAAGGAGUUUCCUGGCAGACGAUACCCGCCCUUCUGCCAAGGCAUCCUAUGGCUGCUGCCCACCAAGGAAGUGUCCAGGUUGCUGCGGGCGUCUGCCGCGGUGAAGUUCCUAUGGGUGGACGACGCGUACAUCACCGGCCUGCUGGCCAAGCAGAGCGGCAUCAAAAUCUCCGGCAUCCCCAAUGAGCGCUUCGGCAUUGCGGCAUUCAAUGAGAGUGAUGUGGGCAACAAGCUGGCAUGGUUCCACCUGCGCGGGAUGAAUCUGACGCAGCUGUGGUCUGGCAUCCUGGAAUACUACAACACCACCACCACCCCUACCCUCCACCAUUGAGACGUCGUGACAGGACGGCCUGUCACGACCACCAACACCACGACCCUCACUGGCCACGUGUCAGUCGAAGCACGGAGGUGGGAGGCCACAGGGUCACACGGCCAACAGACGGCACGGAAUAAAAGGCCAUUGCUGUCUGGAGGAUGAAGGCGUCAAACGCAGCGCUGAGUGAUGGUUGCACUGCACUCAGCACUGCCACACGCCAGUCAGUCACUCACCACAGUGCAUAGCAGAGCAUCGUGUCCGCUCCACUCGCUCACGCUCACCAUCACAUUACCUUGCUUCCCUGAAUUCCUGUUUUUGUUUCCUACACUUCUAUAUUUCCGCUUGCUGAUAAAUCUCUGAACCACAUCCUAUCCAUGCAUCGACCGCCGUGACUCACGCUAUCACGCAAAUCACCCCACUCUCCCUCAGUGGCACACUCAUUCACGCUGCAUGUCACGUCUAAUUCAUCUCACACUAACACACCAAUCUCUGUGCCACACUGUCACUCACACUUCAUCCCUGACCUUACAUUGACUCACUGUCACAAACAUACACACUAUCACCAGCAUGCCAUAUCAUAUCACACCUUAUUUCACCACACUAACAUGACUCUGUACACACAAUUGCAUCACUGUGAAGCUGAUAAGAGGAGCAAAGGACACAAUGAAUAAUGAACUAAAGCUGGGAACAUUCUCAGGAAGUUAUUUAUAAUGUUGGUGCCACAGACACGAUGAGAUUGAGUGAAAUGUGAGGUGAAUGUGAGAUCAUCAAAAGAAGUGUUACAUUAUGUACGUAUUUUGGUAACGGUGAGAAUCUUAGUUCAUUAGAAAGUGGAGGAGUGGUGAUCUCUCUCUCUCUCUCUCUCUCUCUCUCUCUCCAAACUCCGAUAAGAGUCAACUACUAAGCGUUUCAGAGAGUUUGAGGGCACGUUUUUCUAGAAUAACUUUGUAAG